AUGGCACGCUGCGGGGCCGCUACCCUGCUCCUGCUGUGCGCCCUGGCGCUGGUGGCUGAUGCCGGCGCGAAGAUGGUGUGGGAUGAUUUGAUGUACGCCAACACCAACAAUGAGAAGCACCAGGUGCUCUACUCCGCCCACGUGGUCAUCGAUGAUGAGGAGAUCCCCACCAAGUUUGAGCUUCUCCUUCGCUCCGGGGACGAGGACCCAUCCGGCAGCGGCGAGGUCUGGGGCCAGCAAUACGAUAGGGAGGGCAACAAGAUCUUCGAGAUCAACAACGUGACCUUCGACAGGACUGACGUGCUUGAGAUCAGCAACGAUCAGGAUUUCACGAGCAUCCUGCAAGUCGGCUCCAAGCUGUUCACCGUUGCACACUUCGAGAGCAAGCAGCCGGCGGCCACGUACCUGGCCGAGCUCUCUCAGGAUGCCGCUGGAGAGCUGUCCGUUAUCAAGUUCGAGAACAUGGACUGGACCGAGUUCGAGGGAAUCUGGGUGCCUUGCGCUGGCUCGGUCACACCCUGGCAGACGCACCUUGGAUCUGAAGAAUUUGGCCCGAACGCCAGAUAUAUCUCCUUCGAGACCCAGGAGGAAUGGGACGCUCUGAAGCAGACGAGCAUUGGCGGCAUUGCCAACACCACCGAGGAGUUCAUGAGGUGGUAUGGCAAGUAUCCUGCCGAGGUCGACUUCGCCUUCAUCAAGGAGAACUUCAACCCGUACUACUAUGGCUACCCAUGGGAG